AAUUCACAUCUGGACCAAAUCGAGCCCAAAUGAAUCCUGACCCUGAAAAAUGAAAAUACCGUACCAGAGAAGCUUCUCGUAAAUACGACUUCGUUUUAUUUCCCUCCCCAGAUUUGAAUUCAAGAACAGAUCUAUUUCCCCGGCGGCUUUCGCCUGAAACUCUCGCUGUAUUAUCCAAAGGAAAAACCGGAAAUCCAAAUAGAUCUCCCCUUGUCUCAAAAUACUUACUUUGAAUCAUCAAAAAGAUAGUAAUAGAAAAAAUGAACUCUGUAAAUUCACCAAUAAGCUACGCCAUCGACGACAAAGACCUAGAUGACGCCGCUUUAUGGGCGGUAAUCGACUCCGCCGCUGCCUCCCACUCCUCCUCCUCCUCCAAACUUCGCAAAACCUUAGCAAUUAAAUAUCCCAACUACCAAUCCCCGCCCACCCCAAUAUCCCACCCCUCUCCCCCCCGAAAACUCCCCCAGCUAAAGAUUCAAAACCCCAGCCAUAAACUUUAUUCCACUCCCAACACCAAUCGCCGGCGUCUCGCUAACGCCAGAGAAGAUGAUCACCGGCCAUACAAGAUGGCUAGGUCUUGUGCUUCCGAGGUCAGCGAGACAAGCCCGAUGGCAAUGGUGCAGAGGACGCCAAAAACCUCUUUGCAGGAGUACCGGUCGCCGGAGAUGUAUUUGUCGCCGGGGUUCAGAGGAGUUGACGGUGUUAAUGGUUCGGACGUGUCGCCGGGGAGUUGUGGAAGGAGCGAGGAGAAGGAAGGGAUGAGGCAUAGCUUGUCCGGGAAGUUUCCUUCGGUUGAGCUGUUUAAAGAAUAUCAGAAUGCAGCCAUAGCGAUUUUGGAGAAAUCUGAUUAUACUAUGAUAUCUGGAAACCCUUUCAUCAAAAAAUCAGGUUGGAGGAAAAUAUCGUUUUAUUUCAAUGUAUCAUUCGAAAUCAAAGACAAGAACAUUGAAUUUGAUGAAAAUCGCAAUGUUCAGCGUGCUGAAUUCGUGGUUCGGGCUUACAUGCAGGGUGGGAGGUUCUCGGAUGGAUGGGGCUCGUGUGAGCGGAGGGAGAAGAGAUUUCUAAAACCCAACCAUGAUAUCCCUAGCACAGCAGAAACUAGAGCUAAGAACAAAGCUUGUCAGGACCUGCUAGGGAUUGGGGAGUAUCGUCCUGGUGCAAGCCAAUUUCAGCUAUAAAUCAGCUCCAUGAUCCAGUUAAUUUCUGGCACCAGAAGAAUCACAACCGAAGAGAUCCACUAAAUGAGAAGUUUUCCCUCCAACUUGAGCAAGUGAAAAAAAAAAAAAAAAGGAAAAGGGGAGAGCAUUUCAGCUUAAAAUGCAUCUUAGGGUCAAGAAUGGCUUGUUGCCCCUUUGAUGACUGCAUAAUUUUUAGUCAUUUGUCCUUCAAAGCUUGUCAUUUUAAAUGAUAAAAGGAAAUAAAAGAAAAGAGUUUCUUGAUUCUACUGUUGAUUCGAUUUCACUCUCUGGAGGAUCUCUGUUUUGAUGAUUGAUGUGGGGGGAGCCACAUUCCAUUUUUACUGUUCUGUGCAGCAUCCCUUUAUCAUCAUUCAUUGGUUAAAGAAUCAGACAUCUGAGGAAUUGUGAAGCUUGGAGUAACUUGGUUACAG